AAUAACAAAUACUUGUCUCAUCAUAUCUACACACAAAACCACCACAAGCAGGACGACAGGCGUAUAGGAUCAGCGAAGCUCUCUCGGGUUAUGGGGCCAGCCAGCGCCGCCUCCCUCACGCAAUUCCUCAGGGAGAGGAAUUCCCGCCGGCGCGGCCCCACGCCCAUCCCGCGCACCCCGCGCUGCAGCGCCAACGGCGGCCGCCAGGUGGCGGCAGCGCUCCGCGCAGGCGGCCCGGGGGACGCGCGGCAGCGCCGAGCGGGGCGGGCAGGGAGCCGAGCCGGGAACAGGGACCCGAGCCGGGAGCCGAGCCGGGAACAGGGAUCCGAGCCGGGAACAGGGACCCGAGCCGGGAACCGCGACCCGAGCCGGGAGCCGGGAGCCGGGAGCCGACCAGGAACAGGAACCCGAGAGGGGCGGGCAGGGACCCGAGCCGGGAGCCGGGACCCGAGCCGGGAGCCGGGACCCGAGCCGGGAGCCGGGACCCGAGCCGGCAACAGGGACCCGAGCCGGGAACAGGGACCCGAGCCGGAAGCCGAGCCGGGAACAGGGACCCGAGCCAGGAACAGGAAUCCGAGAGGGGCGGGCAGGGACCCGAGCCGGGAACCGGGACGGGGGACCGACAGCUCGGACCCCUCCGAAGGCCUCGUCCCAAGGGGAAUUCACCUCGCAUUUACAGCGUGAAUUGCACCACCUCCCGCCUCGCGGUGAGCACUCGGCUGCACCGGCGGGAGAGGUUUGCCCCUGGCUGCUCAUGCCCCCCGGCUACGUGUGUCGUUGGCUUCGGGGGAAAAUGACCCUGCUUCGCUGCUGGAAACUAUCUCUGUAAACAGAAGUAUUUUCAGCUGCAUCAUCCUGCUGUCAUUCACGUCUUUCAGCAUCUCUAUAUGUCCUGAUAUCAACCACGUAUUAAUACAGUAUCUUGCCGUGAGAAUAUAGGGGGAGUUGAGUGUGUGUGUGUGUGUGUGUGUGUUUCGAGGUGGCAAGUCAGUGGGUGUAUUUCCUUCUUAAAAGAAAACAUUAUACACUAGAGGAAAUAAAUAUAACCUCUACAUAACCUCUCCAACUGUUUCGUGAGAAAUUGUAGUUUCCUUAAAUAUACACUCUGGUUGCACCCACCUUUAUUUAGGAAAAGAGGGUCUUUUCUCAAGAAUACUAGAGGGUAGAAAAAGUAAUUAAAUUCAAAAGUAAGUCGAAAAUGAGCUAAAUCCCCUAUUUGAUUUCCCAGUGAGAAACAACAUCAAAGUAUCCUAAGAUAUUUGACCAGAUGGUGGAUUUUGUAGAUGAGAAAGGAAGUAUAUCCACAUUAUCUGAUCUUGAGAAGACAAACAUAUUUCAGAGUCCUUGCAGGAUGACAGCUACUGUUCAGAGAAUGGCCUUGUAUCUUGGAAAUACCCACUGCAACUACUCCCAUCUAGUCAUGAAACUCACUGUGAAUCUCUGUGUUGUGCUGGCACAGCUCUGCAGCCACAGGUUUUCCUGAGAGCCCAGAGCACACAGUUUCACCCAAAAGAGUGAGUGAGAAGGAGAAAAGGAACAGAAGCAUGCUUGAGCACCAGCUGACCCCAAAUCCAAGCCUAACUCCAAACUACCUCCAUGCUCCACCCCUGCUAUUGGCAAAGAGACAAACAUCAUCCCUGCUCUAGCAUUUGCUAAAAGCUGUUCUCUCCUUUUCAGCAUGCAUGCUUUUGCUCAUUCCAUGGGCAUUAUAUGCCUCCUAUUUUCCCUGCCCUCAACAUUAACUGCAAUCCAGACAUCCACUUAUACCAAGGAACUAUCACUUCUAAAACUUGAUAUUCACAAGAUAAUUUUGCUUUUGCUACCCCUGAAACUAACAUUGGGGUUACUGCUUGGUGCAAACAGGAAAAUGUAAGACAAAACAAGAUGAACUUUUCUCAUUUUAAAUCCAGAUUUAAAUCUAUGCCAAAUAAAGAAAUUUAAUUUUGUCUUUCAUUUGUCUUGCACUCCCUCACAGUUUACUGGGACUUUUUUUAUUAAUUUAUUUUUCUGUAUCCCUUGUAGAUUUGUAGAGUCUGUAAAUCUCAAUGUCAUACCUAUAUUGCAGGCCAAAAAAUGCCACUCCAUACACAGAAUUCACACAUAGAACUGACUGUUACUGAUGGUGAUUUUCAGAAAUGAGCAGAGUGAUUAAACCCAUUGCUUUAUUUGACUUAAGUAGUCUAACCUGUCAUCAAUACGUGCCUGAGAAAAAAUUAUUUACUGACUUAGGCCAAGCUUAGCCCCCUACUUUUGCCAACCUUAAAGGCUCUAGGAAAUAACAUAAUUUCUAUUUCUUUUGUAUUUUUUGCCUUACUUAAUAUUUAAUACCAGCCUUAAUCUAUGUUAGAAAUCAGAAAGUCCUACUUGCCUUUCAAAAUUAACAUAAACCAUUACAGUAGGGAGUUACACAACACUGCUCUGGGAAAAUGCAUGUGUAUCUUUCUGAAACAUCAGAAGUGAAGACAGCAAGGGUGUAUCUGGUUAGCAUCCUGCUAACUAAAUUUUUUUUUUUUUUACUGUAAUUAGACAGGAUACAUGAGACAAAGCGAAACGGAAUAUAUCAAGAAAGAAUGCAAGAAAGCAGUACUAAAAUAUUUGAAAAUGCUUGUUUCCAAAUAAACUGUAUCAUGUAUAAUGUAUUAAUUAAGGCUCUUUUUCAGCCAUGAGUUAAAUAUUUAUUUUUACAAAACCUCUUUAUGCAUCCUUGCAGACCGUCUUUACAAAACACCAUAGUGAGUAUAAUGUAAUAUUCUACUGAUGUUAUUAUUCAUCUCCCUAAUCAUUCUCCAAGGCGGUAUACAAAGCAAUGGCACUAGGAAGUCAAAUGAAGUUCAGCAGCAAUGCCUUACCACACAAGCUGCAGGAGUGGCAGAUCAAAGUGCAACAGGAAUUAUUUCUGGGAAAUUACACCAUGACAAAGCUAGUAAUCAGCAAACUGUGAUGCAGCAGAAAGCAAAAUCAGAAUUCAUAGUAAAGGGCUGAAUUCCCAGCUGUUGUCUGAGCAUGUUUUGUAUUUCCUGUUUUCUUUAUUUUUUUCCUCUCUUCUCAUGUAUUUGCUUUUUAUUGUGUUGUGUUGUGUUUUGUUUUCUAAACAUGAGGAUGGCUAAUAGGAAAAUAAGAGUAGAAAUAACCUUUUAGAUUAUCUGGCCUUUUUCCUACAAUUACAGGAAGUGGUGAGUAGAUAUGAAGACCAGAAAACCCUUCACGCUCAUAGAUGCUUCUCUGCACACACUAAAGCAUUUCACACCAUCUAAAACUUUUGAUCCUUUCAACAAGAAUCAGAAGUUCCAAAACUACAGUGAGCUAUGGCAAGAUAGUUCGAGUAACAAACUCAGAAGUCCUAGAAAAAAGCAGCCAGAGCUUCCCCAAGCAGAAAAAGGGCAAACUGUGGUGCAUGCAGUCAGGGAAAACAAAACUGGGUAAAGAACUCAGCAUUAGCAGUGGUUCUGGCACUGAAAAGACAGAGCUGCAACAAUGGCAGCUUCUGUUAGGAGAAAAAAAAAAAAAAACAACCAAAAAAUUAUCCUCCUCAAAAGAAACAGCCUUUCUCAUUAAAAUCAGAAAGCUUUGAAAAUGUACUGAUUUCAAUAGGAGUUCAUACAAAAAUGUGUCUUUCUGGCAAAAUAUCUUAUUGGUCUGAAGAUGCUGCACAGGUCAUCAGGAGAAAGGCCACUAUAUUUGGCAACCAGUGAGAAGUACGUAAUGAUUUUUAAAACUACUUUUGGUAGUGCAAUAAUUAUGAGACACAUAAAUAACUGCACUGUAUAUUGUGUCAUUACUGACAUGUGAGAUGAAACAAAAUGUUUUAAGACAAAAAUCCCACAAUAGUAAUUCAAAACCAAAAAAAUUUUAAAAAUUGCAAAUUCUAAGCACUCAGGCACAGCUGAGCAUGUGUCUGAAGACACGUGUGUGUAGAAAAAAGCAUUUCACAGCUAUCUACAACUAUUUCAAUCUUCCUCACCUGAGACAGCUAUAAAACCAAUUCUCAGCAUGGAGUAAAUAUGGUUAUCUCUGAGGAAUAUACUGUCAGCUGCUGUUCAGGGAAUGCACAUUCAAGAUGAACUUGAUAGGGUACAAUCUGGCUUUCUAAAAGAUUAUAUUUAUAAAAUAACAGAAAUUUUAGUUUCAAUUUAAGACUCAAAUGUAGAUUAUCUCUUGACAGGGAGAACCACAGCAUAAACUGAAUUAUGUUUCUGGUGGCUAAUUACUUGUGUGGCCAACUGCUUUUCUAAUUGAUGAAUUUCAUUGGUAUUUGCAAUUUUCCUCAAGUUCAUGGAAGAGACCCUGUGUUAAAAUCCCAACCAAAAACUCUGAAAAACUUGAGCUGGGCUUGACUUGUAAGUUUGUCCUUAUUUAUGAGGCUCAUCAAUGCACAGCAGAUUAGUGCCCAAUUAUCCUGGAUCAUCUGUCUUUAACACCGUCUUACUUGGUGGUUUGGGCCACAGUGUCCCAACAUGUACCAGACUCUUCAAUAGUCCUGCAUUCCUUUUUGGACUGUUUUCCCUCUUCUCUCUGAACUCAUCUCCAAGCAAAAGUGAAAACCAGUAACAGUUCUGCAAAGAUUCUCUCUUUAUCAUUUCUUUAGUUCUUACUGCCUUAGGAGAUGCAACUCCUGGAAAUACUGCUGAAUAACAUAACUGGCUUUUGCUGUAUUUCUGUAAGUCUCCUUUCUACUCUUUGAGUACAGGAGGUUUUUUAAAGCUGUAUUUUAUAUAGCACCAUGUGAACUUAUUAAGCAAAGUCUGGGAAGUGAUAAAAUUUCUGGUGGACCUCAGAUUCUGGAUAACCUCAUCUGGGGAGAGAUGGUACCCCAGCAGCCCAUGAUGUGGUGAGCAGCCUCAUUCUCUGUCCCUGAACAGAGUUUUCUGAUAUAUCACAUUCUUGCUCACAGUGACGCUCUCUCCACAAAAGCAUAUGAUGAUAAAUGCUCCCCUCAGACAGAAAAAUCACCCUGAUCUUAUCUCAGACUGUUUAUCUUGUUCCCAAUUCAGCCAUGUCAACAAGAACUCUGCGCAUGGAUUGUAGCCUCCUCAUGGCUCAUAGGAGAGGACAACUCUACUGAGCAACUUGAAAGGGAUUGAAUGUUCUGUUUGUUUAGGUUGGGGUUUAUUUUUUGUCUGCUUGGUUGGGUUUUUUGGUUUGGGUUUUAAUUUUUUUGUUUGUUUGUUUGUUUGUUUUUAAUAAUGCAUGCAAGAUAAAGCUCUAUUGUCCCAAGAAAAAGAUAAUAGCCUAGAAAUUAAGAGAACAAGACAGUAGAACAUGACUCACUUUUUUUUUAAGCUUGCCUAAUGAUUUUUUUGAGUGGAAGACUUAAAUGACUUUUCUUCACUGAAGAGUUUCUAACAAAUCCUAGUUGCAAGGACAAAAGCUGGUAAAAUUUCCCUGAUUUUUGGAGAUAACAUCAGACACCAUGCUGUGAAAGAUCUAAUGGUGAAGUGCCUACAUACAGAAAAAUUUACCAGAUUCAAAAUAUUCAUAUACUUAGGAGCAGAUUGGUUGAACUCCAUGGUCAUAAAGG